AUGCCUAUUGAAAUACCAUUAGUAUUAUCAUCUGCAUUCCCAUUAAUAUGGAAAGCGGGGGUAGCUCAACUUUCCUUUGCAAAAGCUGGAGGAUCGCUAGCUGCAUUAAAAGGAUCAUCUAUUUUAUUAAGUAAAGUUGCAUCAACAGGAAAAAGUGGUCUUUUAGCUUCCACUUCUUCUCAACUUGAUAAUAUCAAGGAAGCAGCACAAAAACUUGUUGAAGAAAUUGAAAAAAAUGUUAAUUUAAGCUUACUAUUUUAUAAUAUAGAUGACGAAGAAACUGCUGGAUAUUACUUAAUGAAAAAAAGAGAAGAAUAUGAAAAAUUAAAUAUGUUCCAUGAAAACGGAGAAAUUGCAUAA